AUGUCUCUCCUGUCUUCUAGCGUCAGCAGUAGCGCAUCCCCACAAUCCGGGCGGACAGGCGACAUGGAGGACUGUAACCCCCUGGAAACAGAGUCCGGCCAGAGAGACAACCUGGCUUUUGACCCGCCGAGCAUAUAUGCCAAGUUGACGAUUGCCGGCAUGCCGUUCUCUCCAAUCGAAGUUGAAAAUGACAAUGGGUAA